AUGUCGACCAGCAGCACGCAGGAGAAACCUACCCUAGAAUCUGCGGUGGACAAUGGCAAGCGCGCGUUCGCGCUCAAGAAAUUCGAGGAAGCCGUCGACCACUAUGCGACUGCGCUCGAGAUUGCAAUAGAGAAGUUCCCCGAAGACUCGAUCGAAUUGGCGGACCUACACUUUACCUACGGCAAGGCACUGUUGGAGAACGCCAUCGCUAACAGUGGCGUCUUGGGCAAAGCAGAGCCCGAGGGGGAGAACGAAGAUGAAGCCCCCGCCACCAGGAAAGGCGGCCCCUUCCUCUCGUUCUCCGGCGACGGCGAGGACGAAGAUGGCGCCGUGGACCUCUUCGCGCAAGCAGCGAAGGAAGUCGCCGCAGCCGACGCCGCUCAGGCGGAGGGCGCCGGGGAGGAAGACGACGAGGACGACGCGGAGCCCGAAGACGACUUCAACGCCGCCUGGGAGGUCCUCGAGGUCGCGCGCAGCAUCUACGACAAGCACGCGGGCAGCGCAUCCGAGGGCGCACCGGACGCGCUCAAGCUCAAGCUCGCCGAGGCCUACAUCUCCCUCGGCGACGUCUCGCUCGAGACGGAGAAGUUCGAGCAGGCGAUCCUCGAUUAUGAGGAGGGGACGAAGCUGAAGGAUGCGCUGCUGCCGCUGUCGUCGCGCCAGCUGGCGGAGGCGCACUAUAAGCUCAGCAUGGUGCUGGAUAUGACGAGCGGGCGGUUGUCGGACGCGAUCCGGCAUGCGGAGCUCGCGCUGAAGAGCUUGGAGUUGAGGAAGGCGGAGCUGGGGGAGGCGUUGGAGAAGGGAGAGUAUGGGAAGCCGGCGCCGCCGCCAGCGGAAGAUGUGAAGGGCAAGGGGAAGGCGUCGGGUGCGGUCUUUGGCGCGGAUCCUGUGUCGACGCUGUCGAAGAGCGCUAUCGAGGCAGAGAUCAAGGACCUGGAUAGUUUGUUGGAGGAUUUGGGUCUGAAGGUCGGUCGGGUUGCAAUCCACCCGAGCUUGCACAAGCAGCACUCGAGAAGGAGCUGA